CUUCGUGCUGCUGUUCAUCUUUGUGAAACGCCAGAUCAUGCGCUUCGCCAUGAAGUCCCGCCGGGGGCCCCACGUGCCCGUGGGGCAACACGCGCCCAAGGAUUUAAAGGAAGAAAUCGACAUCCGACUGUCGCGGGUGCAAGACAUCAAGUACGAGCCCCGGCUGCUGGCUGAGGAUGACAGCAGGCUUCUGCAGCUGGAGACACAAGGCUGCUAUAACUACUUGUACAGGAUGAAGGCGUUGGAUGCCAUCAGAACAUCUGAAAUCCCAUUUCAGGCCGAGGGUCGCUACCCAAAGUCUUUAAUAGGAAAGAACUUCUGUGCCUACCUGCUGGAGCUGAGGAAUUCCAGCACCUCCUUCAAAGGCCUCCGCAAAGCCCUGAUCGACUCCCUGCUGGACGGGUACGAGAGCGCCCGCUACGGCACCGGGGUUUUUGGGAAACCAGAAUAUCUGAAGUACCAGGAUGCUCUGAACGAGCUGGCAAACAUGACCAAGGCCCGGGCAGGCAGCAGCCAGAGGCAGCACCAGUCAGCAGCCAAGGACCUCACCCUGUCCCCUGAAGUCUCCAACCCUGCCACCAUCCAGGUCACCUACCUGCCUUCCAGCCAGAAGAGCAAACGUGCCAAACACUUCCUGGAGCUGAAGAGCUUCAAGGACAACUACAACACGCUGGAGAGCACCCUGUGAGCCACAGGGAGCACUGCUGCAGGGACCUGCCACGAGCAGCCCCCUCCUGGCUGCAGCUGCUGUCCC